ACCACACGCUGUGUCUGGGCAUGAAGUGCACGGGAACCUUCUAUCCAUUGUACACUUUUGUUGUAUGGAUCGGUAUCGAGACCAUUGGGAGCGAUUUUGACCGGCAAAACCUAUUAGUUGCUGAUUUAAGAUGGCUUUUUUUAGCGCGACGAGGAGGCGUGUUCGUUGUGUACAAGUCUUCAUGGUCAUAUUGGCGGUUGCCCCUUUCCUCUGUGCAGUAACAGCGUACAUGGCCGGUUUGGAUCAACAUGCCUUCUUGUCUUCUCUUGCCGUUUUCCGGUCUACACCUGCGCCGACGGUCGUGGUCCAAUCCGAAGCAGGUCCAAUUAAAAUCAGGCCCACUUCACCGCCACAACAUCCCACGGCAUCCGCUAACCAGCAUCCAACAGCGGGCAACUUGAAAGUCCCAGACACUGUUCCUGCCAAAGUCAGCCCGAUCACUGUGUCUCUUUUGUCUCCCCGGAAGGACUCCAUCAAAGUCGGCGAUAUGAUCCACUACCGCAUCACCUGCAGACAUCAGAACGGUAGCCUGCUCAGCUCAGGAGGGGGCGUGUGGUACGCCUUCCUGAGCUCCAAGUCCAAUCCCAAGGCCAGCACUGCCGGGCGGGUAGUGGACCACAAGAACGGCUCGUAUAGCAUCUACGCCUACGCCGGUUGGGCAGGCACGGGCACACUUACCGUUACCCGGGCUCUGGACAAUGACGCAGUGGAUUACAUGAACAACACGAUAUGGCCCGCCGAGGGGCGGGGCGUGUGGAAAGGGAUCUUCCAGGCGCCCAAGGGAAACACUGCCAGCUCAACUUGCCGGUUGACGAGAACAGGGAAUUUGACUGGGAUGUGCUUGUACCCUAGACCCAACGCCUUGGGGAAGACAGUGUUCUAUUGCGAGAAGCCAGAAGGUGUGGAGUGUGACAAGCUAGUCUCCACAAAGAGCGACGACAGACAGAUGCGCCGUACUCUCGUGAUACUCAACCGAGAAAAGGCGGCUUUGGUUGCCAGAACGAAAACUCAUUUAAAGGUGCCGAUCGUACUGGAGAACCCCGUCGUCAACAUAUCUGGACCACCCAGUGCAAGUACGCCUGUAAUUCAAGGCUGCCACACAGAACAACAAAUCAGCGAUGGAUACUGGUUGGAAAACAAGUGGUACUCCCUCAUCUGCGAAAACAAAGACUGGACUGAAAAAUCCACGCUUACAUCAUGCUUACGCAACAAGCAGCUCUUGAUGUACGGGGACUCUACCUCUCGGCAGUGGUUCCAUCACACCAUCGAUCUCCUCGGCGAGAAGUUUGCCCCGGUACCCGGCGAGUUCGGCUUCCACUGUUUUAGGCAUUACGACGAUAUAGACCUGUCCAUACUGAUCUCAUUCCCCAAGCAGCUGGUGGGAAGCAGGGCCGUGCGAUUGGAAGGGGUGUUCUACGAACACGACUUGAUAGACGCGUUGAACGACACCAGGUGCAACUACAUCCUGGUGGUGAGUCCCUGGGCCCACUUCAGCUUCUGGUCUCGAGACAGCUACACAGAGCGUACCCUUCUCCUCCGGGAAGCAUUACUUCGCUUCCGGAGGCGCUGUCCGGACGCCCCAAUCGUCGUCAAGGGUCCCCACCCAAGGGAACGGGUCAGAAGCACCGUCUUCUCGGUCGACUUCAUGACCAGAGGGAUUGGGGAGAUCAAUCGGAGGGUUUUGGGGGACAUAGGGGCCUGGUACCUACCUACUUGGGACAUAAACAAUGCCGCACCUAUUGGGAAUGGCAUCCAUAUGCCCAGCUUUGUCGUCCACGAGGAACUCAAAGUGUUUUUCAGUUACGUUUGUGGUAACAGCAAAAUGCCCCCUUUAGACAAUCGAUCUCCUAAAAAUAGGAAAUAAAGUUGUAUCUGUGUAAAAAAGCGUUAAUAUUUGUAUCACAGACCUUCAAUCAUGUCAAUAAUGUUGGGUUUAUAUUUGUAAUUUUAUAUGUAAUUUAGUGUAUGCAGUUUUGAAAAAAUAUUGGAAAAGAUGUCAGCGGUUACCCACACUAAUUCAGGGUCCAUGAAAUGAUUUUUAUCCAGAAACAUAUUUUGUGCAACUUUCUGCUCCUCUUUAAAUGUAUGAACGUUUGACAUCCCUUUCUGGGUAAUUUGAUUGAACAUUGUACCUCUUCAAAUUUUAAAAAUGUUUUCAUGCUUUCCAGACAACUAAGGGCGCUGUUGCUGUGAUGUCAUUUAAGGAAGGCACUGUUCAGUAUAAGGGUUUUCUGUUCAAAUUGUAAACCCACACAUUUGCUUUUUGAACAUAUUUGUG